AACGAGACAACAAAGAGAAAGCAAAAGCUACAGAGUUUGGCUUAAAGCUCUAAAAGACAUCCUCUCAAGAAAGACAUCUCUGUGAACUUCUUGUCUUUUAACAGUUUGACUUUUUACAAGGAAGAAGCUCGGGAGAUGGAGGCUGCCGUUCUAUCGAAGCCGCAUAGGCUCAAGUAUCAUUUCUUCCUCAGUUUCAGAGGCGAAGACACGCGUCACACCCUCGUAAAGCGUCUCUACGAGGAUCUCCACGAGAAGGAGAUAGUCCUCAUCUUCCGCGACAACGAAGGCAUGGAACGAGGGCAACCGAUCAAUCCGAGCCUCGUGGCAGGCAUAGAAGACUCCGCGGCCUCCCUGGUCGUCUUCUCCUCUCGCUACGCUGACUCCCACUGGUGCCUUGAUGAGUUAGCCAAGCUCUGCGAUCUGAGCUCAUCGCUUGAUCGUCCCAUGAUACCAAUCUUCUACGAGGUAGAUCCUUGCGAUGUACGCAAACAGAGCGGUCGUUUCGUGAAGGACUUUGAAGCACACGCACAGGACAUAAGAUUUAGCAAGGAAGAGAUACAGCGAUGGAGAGGAGCAAUGAAAAUAGUUGGAAACAUCCCUGGAUAUAUUUACAGAAAAGGAGAAAAUGAGGAUGAGAUGAUGAUCAGUGAACAAAAAAAUAAAAUAAAAAAAAUAAAAGAGGAUGAGAUCAUGAGGUUUGUGGUGAAGAGGGUUUUAGCUGAAGUGAACAAUACACCAGAGAAAGUUGGAGAAUACACCGUUGGCUUGGAGUCACGUGUUGAUGAUUUGAUGAAUCUGGUCAACCUUAAAUCCAGUUCUCAAGUUCAAAUCUUGGGGCUUUACGGUACGGGUGGUAUUGGGAAGACUACGCUUGCAAAACGUUUCUAUAACAAGAUUGUAGAAUACUUCAAGGAGCAACGAGUUUUCAUCUCAAACGUUAGAGAAAGAUCAUCAGGACAUGACGGGUUACUCAAUCUACAAAAGACUUUGAUCAAGGGGAUUCUCCGUUUGGUACCUGAAGUAGAAGAUGUUAACAAAGGGAGAGACAAGAUAAGAGAAAGUGUUUAUGAGAAGAAGAUUCUUGUGGUUUUAGAUGAUGUUGAUAAGGUAGACCAAGUUGAUGCCUUACUCGGUGAAAGGAGUUGGUAUGGUGAAGGAACUCUUAUAGUCAUCACUACCAGAGAUGAAGAGAUUCUCAAUAGGCUCUCUGUGAGCCUAAAGUAUGAGGUCAAGUGCUUGAGUGAAGAGGAAGCAGUGAAGCUGUUUAGCUAUCAUUCACUGCGAAAAGAAAAACCAACAGGGAGUCUACUGAAGUUAUCUGAGAAUAUCGUCAAGAUAACUGGAUUGUUGCCACUAGCUGUUGAAGUGUUUGGUUCUCUUUUUUAUGACAAAAAGGAAAAGGAGUGGCUAGUUCAGCUAAAGAAGCUGGAAGAAACUAAACCAAACGGUCUUCAGGACGUUCUGAAGCUGAGUUUUGAGUCCUUAGACGAUGAAGAGAAGAAAGUCUUCCUCGACACUGCGUGUCUCUUUCUUAAAAUGGACAUGACUAAAGAGGAAAUCGUCGACGUACUGAAAGGUUGUGGGUUCAACGCUGAGGCUGCUCUCAAAGCUCUUAGACAGAAGUCUCUUGUUAAGUUCUUGGCAGACGAUACUCUUUGGAUGCAUGAUCAGAUUAAGGACAUGGGAAUGCAGAUGGUCAUUCAAGAAAGCCUUGAGGAUCCUGGAAAGCGAAGUAGACUAUGGGAUCAUGGUGAAAUCAUGACCGUGUUGAACAAUGCGAAGGGAACACCAUCCAUCAGAGGAAUCGUAUUAGAUUUCAAGAAGAAGUUUGUGAAUCCAGGCAUCAGCAUUUACCUGAAGAAUAUAUUAAAGCCUACAAGUAGUGAAAACACCAUUCCCGUGGAGCAUUUUGUACCAAUGAAAAAGUUGAGACUUCUUCAGAUCAAUCAUGUGGAACUGCAAGGAAAUCUUGAACAACUUCCACCUGACCUCAAGUGGAUACAGUGGAGAGGCUGUCUAUUAAAAGAUGUUCCACCGAGUUUUCUUAAUAGGCAACUCGCUGUUCUUGAUCUUUCAGAGAGUGGUAUAAGACGCUUCCAGAGUUUGCAGCCAAGAAGGGUGGAUGACAAGUUGAAGGUUUUAAAUUUGCGUGAUUGCCACAGCUUAGAAGCCUUCCCUGAUUUAUCAAACCAUGAAGCCUUAGAGAAGCUUGAUUUCCAAGGAUGCAAGCUUCUAGUGAAGGUUCCUGCAUCAGUUGGUAAUAUGAAAACAUUACUUCACCUGGAUUUCAGAAACUGCACAAGACUCACUGAGUUUCUUGAGGAUGUUUCUGGACUGAAAUUUCUUGAAAAGCUCUACCUAUCUGGCUGUUCAAAUCUGAGUGUGUUACCAGAAGAAAACUUUGGUGCUAUGAAAUGCUUGAAAGAGCUUCUUCUUGAUGGAACUGCGAUAAAGAAGUUACCAGAAUCAAUUUUUCGCCUUGAAAAACUUCAAAAGCUUAAUCUAAAGAGUUGCAGAUCUAUUCAAGAGCUACCUCUGUGCAUAGGGACGUUGACAUCACUGGAGGAGCUAGAUCUUAGUAGCACUUCACUGCAAAGUCUUCCGAGCUCUAUUGGAAGUCUCAUAAGUCUCCAGAAGUUGUAUGUGAUGCACUGCACAUCCCUUACUGAGAUUCCUGACACUAUCAAUAACCUCGCAUCAUUACAAGAGUUAGUCAUCGAUGAAAGCGCGGUGGGGGAGCUACCUCUAAGCCCUGGAUCACUGCCAUGUUUGACUAAACUUUCAGCAGGAGGAUGCAGGUCGCUGAAACAGGUUCCUAGUUCAAUAGGGAGGUUAAACUCUCUUCUCCAACUUAAGUUGGAUAGUACACAAAUUGAAACUCUACCAGAAGAGAUAAGUGAGUUGCGGUUUAUUCAGAAACUUGAGUUGAGGAACUGCAUAUCAUUGAAAUCUCUGCCUAGUACGAUUGGAGAAAUGGACACACUCCAUAGCUUAUACCUUGAAGGCUCCAACAUUGAACAACUCCCUGAAGAAUUUGGGAAGCUGGAGAGCCUGGUAUUACUCCAAAUGAACAAGUGUAAAAAUCUCAAGAAGCUUCCUAACUCAUUUGGAGGCUUGAAGUCUCUUCAACAUCUGCACAUGGAGGAAACUUUGGUCAUGGAGUUGCCAGAAAGUUUUGGAGACCUCUCAAACUUAAAGGUACUGAAAAUGAUGAAGAUUGAUGCUCCUCCAGGUACAGGCGAAGAAUCUAGUUUUGUAAUUCCAAAAUCUUUCUCAAACCUCUUGCUGCUCGAGGAACUGGAUGCUCGUGGUUGUGGAAUAUCUGGUGAAGUCCCUGAUGUUUUUGAGAAGCUUUCUUCUGUGAAGAUACUGAACCUUGGGAAUAACAAGUUUCACAGUUUUACGUCUAGCCUCAAGGGGUUAUCGGAUCUUGAGGAACUUUCAUUGCAUGACUGCCGAGAGCUCACGUGUGUUCCUCCUCUUCCGUGUAAGUUGAAGCAGCUAAACUUGGGAAACUGCUUUUCAUUGGAGAGUAUAUCCGACCUAUCAGAGCUGACAAUGUUGCGCGACCUUAAUCUCACCAACUGUGAGAAAGUGGAUGAUAUUCCAGGCCUAGAGCACUUGACGGCUCUGAAACGGUUAGACAUGAGCGGAUGUAACUUCCAAGUGCACCUUUGAAGUAAAGGAAAAAACUGUCCAAGGUGAUUUGUUAAAACUCCAGAAUCUCAAUUAGUUUAAACUCAGUGUUUGUUAACAAGUUUCUUGCAAUCUUGUGAGAUACUUCUCAUUGCAAGUUCCUCUGAAAAUGCUGCGGAAUUUCGAAGAAUGUGAAGCCAGUUCAGAAGGUGACUCCACUGUUACUUGAUCUGCUAUCAGAGAAGUUAAGAAACUGCAGACAAACUGUUGCUGAUAAACAAACAAACAAAAGAAAAA